GAGCAUAAUCUCGGUACUUUAUAUUCAGUCCGUUUUAAACAGUCAUGUCUAAGAUACUUAACGCUAUCUUGAUCACGGCUUAUUUCGCCCUUUUUCUUCAAUAUUUAACAACGAUUAUUUCGCAUCAAGACGUAGAUAUUAUUGAGGUAACAUACGCAACUAAAACUCCUGGAUUCAUAAAGAAAAUGAACAGAAACUACAAAAAAAAACGAAACAACAUCACAACAAUGAGAUUGAAAUACAAAGUCCCAUUCAGACUGCAUACUGACCUUAAAUACAUUCUAAGGUGGACUGAAGGUUUUUCACAAUACGAUCAACAAAUGUACAAGAGUGGUCAAGAGACAUUCAUACAAAAUAAUUGUAGUUACAUCAACUGCUAUAUGACGACCGACAAAAGUUUGCUCGGCGAUCCGAGAAAUUUCGACGCGAUCCUCUUCGACGUGGAAAACAAUUGGGACGAACAUCCCACAUUGAGAAGAUCGGAGCAAAAUUUUAUAUUCAUGGCUUCAGAGUCGGCUAGCAACUUCCCUGUUUGCCAUCCGUACUUUGAUUCCUUUUAUAACUGGACGUGGAGCUAUAAACUGGAUUCGAAUAUUUUAAAAACAUUCUUAUAUAUUUUUGACAAAAACGGUAGACCAGUUGGACCCAAAAUAGCCAUGAAGUGGAUUGAUCCAAUGAAACCAACAUCCAAUGACGUCAAACUGAGACUUAACGGCAAAAAUAAAGCAGUAGCUUGGUUCGUGUCCAACUGUCGAACCAAGAGUCGUCGAGAAUAUCUUGCAAAUAAUUUGACCAGAGAAUUGAAGAAACACGACAUGAAAAUAGAUAUUUACGGUUGGUGUGGUAAACUGACCUGCCCGAAAGAUCGCAUGGACGAAUGUUUAAAUAUGUUAGAAGAAAAUUAUUAUUUCUUUUUGGUAUUUGAAAAUUCUCUAAGUGAAGACUAUGUCACAGAGAAAUUAAUGCAUGCAUUACAGCACUUUACUGUGCCGAUCGUCUAUGGCGGCGCUAAUUACUCAAGGUUCUUACCGUCAGGCUCAUACAUAAAUGCAGGUGAAAUGGAUGCGGAAACAAUUGUGGCUAAAAUUAUUGAAGCGAUAAAGAAUCCAGAUAUUUAUCAAAAUUAUUUCAGGUGGCAUAAUCACUACGUUUACAAACGCUCAUCGAAAGUUCCAGAAGUGUGUACAUUGUGCGAAAUGCUAAACAAACCAGACCAGAGUACAGUCGUAAAAGACUUCAGAAAAUGGUGGAAUCCAAAUUACCAGCAAUUGUGUGAAAAAGAUUUCAAUAGAAACGCCUAUCAAUUUAUAGGACAGUAAUUAUUUGUGUACUACAAAAAUUUUGUUAAAAUCGUUCCAUGGAAGGGUCACUUGCAGAAAUGUCGUAAAAAUUAAUAUUAAAGCUUGAAGAAAAAAUC